UGGUACCAGAACCGGAUGUGGAGGCUUCCGUCCACCCCGGCGGAGCGUGUCGCUCGCGGUAUAUAAAGGUACCAGCUGACCGCGGCGCUGUCUCUGGGAGCGGAACGUCGCAGGGGUUGUUUCUGAUGUGGUCGCGAUUCAGUCGAGAUAGUGCACGACGUGUGGAGCUCAACAUGGUGCAGCUGGCCCCUUCCGCUGUCCUGGAUGUUCACUCGCCACCUGAGUGUUCAGCGAAGGGCAGUGAAGGGAAGGAGGACCCCGUGACUGCCGGUAGCCCGAAGGGGGGCUCGCCCACCUGGCUGAACACCCUGCAGCUCAACCUAGAGGCGUCCACCGUCUACCACGGCUAUGAAACCUACGUAGAAGAUGGCCUCAUCUGCCUCAAACACAAAGUCCGCAACUUGGAGAAAAAGAAGCUGAAGCUGCAAGAGUACAAGAAGAGACUGACCCUGGGUGAGGCACUGAACAAAGAUCAGAUGGUGGCUGUUGAAAAGUAUGAGGAGGUGUUUUAUAACCUGGACUUUGCUCAGGAGCUACAAAAAACCCUGGGUGUCUUGACUCAGACUCUGCUGAGGGCCCAGAAGAAGGCUGUGAAAAAGGAGCAGGUGGCCAAGGUUGAGGUGGAGAGGAGGCGUCUGAGCACAGUGCUCCAGGUACAGCAUCUUCUCCACAGCCUGCAGAACGAGCAUGUCAGGAGAGAUGUGCUGGCUGGACACGAUCAGGCUCCUCACAUCCCAGCUCCGCUGCUGCACAGUCUGAGUCAGCUCGCCACCUUGCUGGGAGGCCAGAGGGAUAACCGACUGAAUUUAGUGGAACAGAUGGAGAGGGCAGCUGUGAUGUACAUGGACCUGCUGGAGGGGAAAGACAAGCCCGUGGCUGGGUCCACAUUUAAGUUGUUGAAAGAGGAGCUCACCAGGCUGUCAGACUGCAAAUACUUCAGUCGUCCUCCACCUCCAGCCAACAAGAUUCCAGAGGGCUCACUGAGAUCCACCAGCAACAGCAGUAGUAGUAGUGACAUAUCGAAGUCAAAACCAAAUGAAGUUUCUAAGGAGAAAUGGAGGGAGGACUUCCAGGUCACGAGGGAGCGGGAGCUUCCUGACUGCUGGGAUAUGGAGUGCCCAGAUAGAUCCAGCUCACCUCACACUGUUGUCCACAAACCAUGGAGAGGAGCUGCCACUUUCAUCCCCAAAGGUCCCACCAAGAAACAGUCUGCUGACUUCAAACAGAGAAAAGGGAGGAAAGCCAAAGUAGAGCAGAAUGCCAAGUUGGAAGUACACAUUGGCACGCCUGUGGAGGUUUUUAACUCUGCGUCUGCCUUACCCAAAGACCCCAUCCUGAGGAGGCAGGAGCUGGAGGAUCUCAUGACGAAGAUCCACGGCUCGUUCAGUUUCAUGCAGGACUCGCUCCUCGAUGGUGAGGGCUCGCCCACUCAUGGCCUCCCUGGACUGAAGAGACAACAGACUGAAUCUCCCUCUUCUCUGGCAAUCCAGGCAGACUUGAGAAGCCCCGUUGAUGUCCUGCCCAAAACGAUGCAUUCCACCCCACUGCCCACCAGGCUCAUAGAGCGCAGAGCCAGUCUGACCAGUGAGGAUCGUUGCCUGGAGACCUGUGACCUGGAGCUUUCCACAAGGGACCUACCUCAUGAGCCACUUCAGUUAGCUGAGAAAAAAAAGGGCUUUUCCUCACCACCGCUGUACCUCAGGGAGACGACCAUCUCUGUCCACCGGGAGAGGAGCCGUCCAUGUACACCCGAGUCGGGGAAGCAGUCCCCUUGUAAUGGGGUGGGGUCUUGCACCCCUACCCCGCCUCAGGGACAGACGUUCUCUACACCCCCUGCCAGGAGAAAGCUCACUGCUGCACAGUUUCAGGACAUCCAUUCAGUCUUCAAGGUGAAUACGGCCUUGCCCCAGAAUGGAGAACUGAACUACAAACCAGAAUCUGCAGUUUUCUCUGAGCCCAUGUACAGUACUGCCAGUACCCAAACACCACCUGAGUUUGCUCCCCCAGAAGACGAACCCCACUCCGUGUACCAGUCAGAUUAUACGGUGGGAGAUGGUGGGCAGAUCUUCCUGUCCCCUGGCCACUCAGGUGGAAGCAUGGGUCGACCUGGUCAGUACUACACUCGAGGAUCUCCGAGAGGUAUGGCACGUGGCAGCAAGGGAUUGGCAAAAGGCUUUCGUGCUUCUGGUUGGCAUCGAGCAGCAGGAUCCUAUGUUCCCCAGACUCAUCUCAGGGACUCUGGACCUCACCUCUAUGCUGCCAGAGACUCUGGAUACCAACACAGACGUGCAGGGGGGAGGAAUAACUCCAGUGUAGCCUGGAGUGAUUCUUCACAGGUAAGUAGCCCUGACCGGGAGGGAACCUUCACCAUUGUGGACUCGGGGCAUGGUGAUUCGCUGUCAGUAUCCACUGUGGAGGUCCCACUCACUCCCCACAGCCACCACCCGCCUGCACUGCUGCCUAUGCAGCUCUACCCACUGUCCCAGCCUCUGCGAGUUGCCUUCACUGCCUCUCGCACUGCCAACUUUGUCCCGGGUAAUCUGGAUCAGCCCAUCGUGUUCGAUCAGCUCUACAGCAACCUGGGAGAAAUGUACGACACCCACAUUGGCCGUUUCACCUGCCCGGUCAAUGGAACCUAUGUCUUCCUCUUCCACAUUCUGAAGCUUGCCAUCAACGUGCCACUCUAUAUCAAUCUCAUGCGCAAUGAGGAUGUGAUGGUGUCUGCAUAUGCCAAUGACGGAGCCCCAGAUCACGAGACCGCCAGCAACCAUGCCAUCCUGCCUCUCUUCCAAGGGGACCAAGUUUGGCUCCGUUUACAUCGUGGUGCCAUCUAUGGCAGCACCUGGAAGUACAGCACCUUCUCUGGCUUCCUGCUCUAUCAGGACUGAACUUUUGUAUGCCAAACGGUCCUUCUCCCAAUGUGUGAACUGUUAGUUUGCAUUGAAUGGUGACUAAACUGACAUGUUAGUAGUAUGGUCAGUCUGCAUGUAGUGUGCUUUUCAGCAUUAAGCCCAUUCAAAGUGGCCAAAGUAUAUCAUCUGUAUCCACAGCCAUCAUCUCGAUUGGAAAUGGGGAUUGUGACUUUUACCAAAUGUACCCGAUUCCCCAUGAAUGUCAUGAUGAUGGUGCUCAAUAUGACUGUGAUACUAGUACAACUCGGCCUUGCUGUAAAUAGUUAUGCUGCACUUAGGCUGUUCAGCCCAAAGGUACUCUGAUGCAAUGUCAAGAAUUUGUGCCUUUUUGUUUUCUGAAUGGCUUUGGAUGACUGACCAGAUGUUAAACAGCAGAUGAACUGAAUCAAUGCCUGAUUUAUUGGCUGGAUUAUAACUGAGCACUUUGCUUAGAGCUGGGCACCUUUGCAUUGAGUCUCAUCUUGCUGUAUGUAAACCUGAAAAGGGAAAGAUUGUGUUCUGGGUGGUGGGUAUGGUAUCGCACACUUGUACUUGAAGACAACUGUGGAGGACAUGGAGUGGUCCCUUAAUGUGCCUAAUUUAAAAUAAAAGAUGAGCAGUAAA